CGGGAUCAAACCGGUUAGCAUUAGUGUGGCUAACCGGCAUGGAAGGAGUCUAGUCUUCCUGUGGCAUCGGUAGACGAGGCAGCGGAAUUUUUCAGACAUCCGCAGAAUUUUCCACUUGACGAUCAACAUGUCACGAUUUUUCGAUUCACGUGUUGCUUUGGUGAUUUUUUUCAUUGGCAUUCAGGCUAUCGCUGGACUGAAGCUGAAGUUCCUGAAUGUGAUCUUCCGACAUGGGGAGAGGACUCCACUGGGAAGUGGCACCGAAGUUUUUCCCACUAAUCCGUAUGUCAACGAGACCUUCCCCCCUUAUGGUCAGGGUCAGUUGACUAAUCAAGGAAAACAGCGUGUGUAUGACCUUGGUGUUCACAUUCGUCAGCAGUACAAUGAAUUCCUAGGCGACAUAUAUCAUCCAAAAAUGGUGCGUGCACGGAGUUCCGAUUCAGAUAGAACUAAAAUGUCUCUGCAAUUGGCAAUGGCAGGAAUUUUUCCCCCGGCAUCCUCGCAACAGUGGAAUCCAAGCUUACUUUGGCAGCCUGUUGCCAUGACUUAUGUGUCAGGUCCAGAUGUUCUCGUGAUGUCAACCGAGUGCCCGCAAUUUGGAGCUGAGUUUGAAAAAACACUGCAACUCCCCGAGGUCCAGGAGAAAAUUGCAGAGUACAGCGAACUGAGGAAAAAUCUUACGGAAUGGACGGGUAAACCUAUAGUUCACACGAAAGAUGUUGCGGGUAUUCACAACAGUUUGAAGGCCCUCAGUGCCAUGGGCCUUGAACUCCCUGCAUGGACGGAGGGAAUUUUCCCUGAAGGAGCUCUAUUGAACGCCACGCUCUUGCAUUUCCGACUCUGUAGUUACACAAAAAGACUCAAAACAUUGAAUGGCGGAAUAAUGCUGAAGAACUUUACCGACACCAUGUCAUCGGUGAUAAAUGGAGGUGAGCCUGAUUUAAAAAUGAAUCUCUACGGAGCUCACGAUUACAACAUCGCUUCACUCCUUGAUGUUUUCGAUGUUUACGAGCCCUGGGUACCCCAAUAUUCCAGCGCCAUAUUCGUUGAACUACUAGAGGAUGAGGAACGCAAGUAUUACGUCAGGGUGUUUUACUAUAAGGGAAUUCCUGCGGAGCGAGUGCCGGUGGAGAUCAAGGGCUGUGGAGAACUGUGCCCCUUCGAUCAAUUUGUCGGAUUGUUCAGUGAUAUUUUCCCCAGCGAGGAGGACCUGAAAUGUCCGAAGGAAAAUAUGGUGAAAAUGUAUAAAUGAUUGUCUCACUUUUCAUCGUGAUAAUAAAGAGAAUUGUAGAGUGA